AUGAGAUCAUUAUCGCCUCAUUUUUCUGUCUCUCUCUUUCUUUCUUUCUUUCUUUCUUUCUUUCUUUCUUUCUUUCUUUCUUUCUUUCUUUCUGCACUAAAACCAAACAGCCCUGUUCUAAUCUCUAUCUAUCUAUCUAUCUAUCUAUCUAUCUAUCUAUCUAUCUAUCUAUCUAUCUAUCUAUCUAAGCCUGUUCUAAUCUCUCUCUCUCUCUCUCUCUAUCUAUCUAUCUAUCUGAGCACGUUUAAAUCUAUCUAUCUCUAUCUAUCUAUCUAUCUAUCUAUCUAUCUGAGCACGUUUAAAUCUAUCUAUCUAUCUAUCUAUCUAUCUAUCUAUCUAUCUAUCUAUCUGAGCACCGGUUGUACUAUACGGUAUCUAUCUAUCUAUCUAUCUAUCUAUCUAUCUAUCUUAAGGUAUCCCGAAACUUUCUCCUUCUUGGCACUGGCCUCUUCGACUGUUCCUAAAGGAUAUUCAUUGAUUCGCAGACGGCAACCUGGAUCUCAUAUUAUUAACAAUAUCGACGAGAUGACGGUUAUUAAUUUUCGGUUUUUCUUUCUUUCUUUCUUUCUUUCUUUCUUUCUUUCUUUUUCAUCCUAUCUCCUUUAUUUCUUUCCUUUUCAACACUUUCUUUCUUUCUAUUUUUCUUUUCUUUUUUAG